CCUGCACUUCUCCGGAUGUUCUUUAUCCCAUCGGUGGUGGGGACGGCCUCGGACAUUCACAAAUCGACCCGGUCAGCAAACCGACCCGGGCUCCCACCCAAAGGCCAGGAAAUGCGGCCCUGCGCCCCAAAUCUUGGAGAAGGACGAGUUAAAGCUCUUUGCCUCGGUUAUCUUCGAGGAUUGCUCCGCCCAGUGUCUCGGGAUCAAUGCUCCGUCUCAUCUUCCGUCUUGCCUUCCAGAAACAGCAAGUUUUGGGCUCCGAACUCAGCUCCCCGAGGUCCCCCGACUCUUCAGCUCCCCGGUCUGUCCCUUGGGGGAGAGUCUCGCAGCUCUGAGCCCCGAACUUCCUCUGUGUCCCACCGACGGACGGCUGUGUUCUGGCCACGACAAAGAACUAAUGCAUUUCGAAAAGUGGAGCCAGUAGAACCGCAGAACUGCCGCCUUAUUGAGGGACUCGAAAAUGGCUCUGAAGAUAUUGAUAUACUUCCUAGUGGGCUGGCUUUUAUCUCCAGUGGAUUAAAAUAUCCAGGCCUGCCAAGUUUUGCACCAGAUGAGCCAGGACAAAUUUUCUUGAUGGAUAUGAAUGAGCAAAACCCAAAGGUCCAGGCAUUAAACAUCAGUGAUGGUUUUGACAAAGCAUCAUUUAAUCCACACGGAAUCAGUACUUUCAUCGAUGAAGACCAUACUGUGUAUCUUUACGUUGUGAAUCAUCCCCACAUGAAGUCCACCGUGGAGAAAUUUAAGUUUGAGGAACAACAACGUUCUCUUGUACACCUAAAAACUAUAAAACAUGAACUUCUCAAAAGUGUGAAUGACAUUGUGGUUCUUGGACCAGAACAGUUUUAUGCCACAAGAGACCAUUACUUUACCAACUUCUUCUUGGUACUAUUCGAGAUGAUCAUGGAUCUUCAUUGGACUUAUGCUGUUUUCUACAGUCCAAGAGAGGUCAAAGUCGUAGCCAAAGGGUUUAGCUCUGCCAAUGGGAUCACAGUCUCACUAGACAAAAAGUAUAUCUACAUAGCUGAUGUAACUGCUCAGAACAUUCACGUACUGAAAAAACAUGAGAACUGGGAUUUAACUCAAGUGAAGGUAAUACAUUUGGGCACCUUAGUGGAUAACUUAACUGUGGAUCCUGAUACUGGAGAUAUUUGGGCAGGAUGCCAUCCUGACGGCAAGAAGCUGCUGAUCUAUAACCCUGAGGAUCCUCCAGGGUCUGAAGUACUUCGCAUCCAGGAUGUUUUGUCUGAGAAGCCUAAGAUAAGCACCGAGUACGCCAAUAAUGGCUCUGUGCUUCAGGGAAGCACCGUGGCUUCUGUGUACCAUGGAAAACUUCUCAUAGGCACGGUAUUUCACAAAGCUCUGUACUGUUUGCUUUAGAUCCCAGACAUUCCAAAAAAGUCUUGUUAACCAAUGAAAGACAAAAUUGCAAGCAGCAAAAUAAAUGUGUUUAUUUGGGGUCUCAGGGAUUGCAAUGUGAGAAAUACAGAUUCGGCUAGAAUUGAAAGCUUGAUCUGGGGAGACAAAGGAGGUUGGAGUUUUUAAAGAGGAGAGAAGGGAUUUACAUAAGUUGUUUGAAGCAAAGGUUUUUGGUGUUGGUAUAGCUACAGUUACACUAAUCUACGUGUGAUUGGUUGCUAGGGCUAGGCAGAAAGUCUACUUAUGUCCAUUUUAACACCUACUAGAUGACUUGGCUUUUAGCUGAGUUUAGGAAAACUUCUGAGAAUUUUAUAUAGAGCAUGUGCAUAAGCCCCACCUCCUUGAUGUCCUUCAAGCUCUAUUUUAAAUAACUCUUUUAGUAAUUGUCACUCAAUUUUAUUGUCUCUGUUGUCAAUCUACAUGUUUGGUAAAAAUAAACCCAUAAUUAUAUGAUAAGUGGAAUUGUACAUAAAUGACAAAUACCAAUAA